AACUUUAUGGUUUACGUAUAGCUAAACAAUGGCAGAAGCAGUAAAAGUAAUUGUUCGAUGUCGCCCCUUAAACUCACGAGAAAUCAAUCUAAAAUGUAUUAAUAUUGUUGAAAUGGAUGAUUCACUUGGAUUAUGUCGGCUUUUAAAACCUGAUAGUGAAUCAGUAGAACCACCUAAAUCGUUUACAUUUGAUGGAGUUUUCAAUGUUGAUAGUGUUACUGAAUCUAUUUAUGCUGAUAUAUGCUUUCCAUUAGUUGAAGGUUGUGUUGAAGGCUAUAAUGGAACAGUGUUUGCAUAUGGGCAAACAGGAUGUGGAAAGUCUUUUUCAAUGCAAGGAAUAGAAGAUCCACCAUCUCAGCGUGGUAUUAUCCCUCGUGCAUUUGAGCAUAUAUUUGAAAGCAUUCAAGUUUCUGAUAAUUCAAAGUUUCUUAUUCAUGCUUCUUAUUUAGAAAUAUAUAAUGAAGAUAUCAGAGAUUUAUUGGGGAUAGAUCUCAAGGCUAAGCUAGAUGUUAAAGAACAUCCUGACUCAGGUAUAUAUGUAAAAGGGCUAACAAAAUCAGCUUGUCACUCUAUUAAAGACAUGGAGAAGCUAAUGAAAAAGGGAAGCCAAAACAGAUCUGUUGGUGCAACAUUGAUGAAUGCUGAUUCAUCAAGAUCUCAUUCUAUUUUUACAAUCUAUGUUGAAACAUGUGAGCUUGGGGCAGAUGGAAAAGAACAUAUUCGUGCUGGAAAGUUAAACCUUGUUGAUUUAGCUGGAAGUGAAAGACAAGCAAAAACUGGUGCAACAGGUGACCGCCUUAAAGAAGCUACAAAAAUUAAUUUAUCACUUUCUGCUCUUGGGAAUGUUAUAUCAGCACUUGUUGAUGGAAAAUCUAAGCACAUACCAUAUAGAGAUUCAAAAUUAACUCGUUUGCUCCAGGAUUCAUUAGGAGGUAAUACAAAAACGUUGAUGGUAGCAUGUAUUAGUCCAGCUGAUAAUAACUAUGAUGAAACACUCAGUACUUUGCGAUAUGCUAAUCGUGCAAAAAAUAUUAAGAAUAAGCCAAAAAUAAAUGAAGAUCCUAAAGAUGCUCUUCUUCGAGAAUAUCAAGGAGAAAUAGCUCUUCUUAAGAAAGUCCUCACUGGAGAGUUGACAAUGACUCCUGAAAUUUUAGCUAAACUUGGCAUAAGUCAAGCAAAUGUGUUUAGUUCAGCAAAAUCAAACGAGCAAGCUCAGCAUGUUUCAAAUGAAGAAGCUCUGCAAAUAAAAAUGGAGUAUGAAAGUAAACUUGAAUUAUUACAAAAGAAUUUUGAAGAAGAAAAGUUUAAUAAAGAGAAACUAGAAGGAGAGGUUUUGGCUCUUCAGAAAGAUCUGAAGAAUACCCUUCAUAAUGCUACCUUAAAAGGAUUCCACUCUGAUCAAGCAGAUGAAAUUUAUAGAGAAUUUCAAUUAAAAGCCAAUGUCACUGAUGAAGCAGUCCAUGACUUACAUCGUUCAGCUUCUCAAAAAAGUCCUACAAAUGAGAGUAAGAAAUCUGAGUCGCCAUCUAAAAUACUGACAGACGCUGCAAAAGAUGUUGCAAAAGAUGUUGUGAAAGAUGUUGCAAAAGGAAUUGGUUUUUUACGUGAUAAACUGAGUGGCUCUCAACAAAGUAUUUCAGUUUCGAUUUCAAAAAAAGAUGAUAUCUAUGGAGAACCAGACAUCAAGGUUUCAGAAAACACUACUACAUCAGCUCCAUCAAAUUUUAUUUCAAAUAUGGCAGCUGUAAUUCAAGAGGAAACAGUUAAGCGUCUUAAUGCUCUCCAGCAACAACUUGUAGGCAGUGAAACAUCUAACAAUAGUAAAGAAGAACUAAAAUCAAAACAUAAAAAGCGAAAAGAGCAUGCUAGACAGAGACAAAGUAGAAUGGUUAAAGAAAUACAAAAAUGGGAAGGCGAAGGGAUUAUGCUGAAAGUAUAUGAUAAUAUGCAAGAGGAAAUUAAAAUAAAAAAUAAUGCCAUUAACGAAAUUCAGUCUGAGCUCAAAGCUGCAACUAGUGAAAUUUCUGAUCUGCAGAGUGAGUUUCAAACAGAGCGUGAGCAAUAUUUAGAAACAAUUCGCAUAAUGGAACGUCAAAUAUUACUCCAGAAGCAAAUCUUAGAAAAGCUACAACCUACGAUUCGCAGAGACUGCAACUAUUUUAAUAUCGAUAAAAUUAAAGCACAGAGUGAAUUCGACGAAGAGUCUCAGCUUUGGGUGAUUCCUGACUUGUAUAUUGAACGAACAACUUUACCCAAGACUGGACCAGGUAAAGAAAGCCUAUCAUCAAUGAAAAUAUCUAAUCCUAAUCUUACGCAAGAAACUUAUGAAAACCGCAGCGCAGAACAAGAUCGUAAUGCAAUUCAAUGGGAACGCGAAAAGACGACUAAUAAUUAUUUUAAACCUAAGCGUGCAGAAGUAUUGUUGUCAUCGAGUGCGGUAAAUGGAACUGGUCUGUUUGCUGAUGCAAAUAAACAUUUUGUAAUUAAAAACGACGUGUUUACGGAACGUCGGCCACAAAAAUUAGAAGCAUUACCGGCAUCUGUGUUUGAGAAAAAGAAAAAGAAAAACAAAAAAGAUGCCGCAUAAAGCAUUUAAAUGGAAGCAACUUAGUAAAUGUUUCUUUAAUUAUUAAUUUAAAAAGCCUUCAACCUUAAAUCGAGACUUGUAAAUAAAUACCAACCUCAAACCGAGACUUGUAAAGAAAUACCAACCUCAAACCGAGACUUGUAAAGAAAUACCAACCUCAAACCGAGACUUGUAAUACCACCAUUGGUUAUGAUUUUUGUGAUACAGAAAUGCAAAACUUAUUUAAGUUUUGUUUAAAACAUGUCUAAAUUGGUUUUUUUUUUUUUUUUUGAAAUAUGAAAAAGAUCGUUUUAUAUCGUUGAAUAAACAAUAAUCGAUUUCAUCUAUAUUUUUUAUUUUUCCUAUUUAUAGAAGAAAUUUUGAAGAUUAAAAAGACGUUUUAACAAAAUAAAUGAAAAUUACGGUUUUAUAAUAUAAUAGUUUUUUCAAUUUUUAAAAUGGUUUUUAUCAUGGCAAGUUCAAUGUUCAACGUUUAUUUGUUUCGAGUAAACAAACAGAACUUUUGUUACGAACUUUUCAAACUAUUUCCAGCAUUUGUACAUAUGUAAAUAUAUAUAUAUA